GCUUUACAAAAUGGCGUCGCCACUUUGACAUUUGUUGACGUUGUUGACCAGACCAGCUGACGUUGUAGGUUAUUAGUGAAUCGUGAUCGCGUUUCCAUUUCCGAAUGAUUAAAUGCCAAAUUUGUGCGUAAAACCCGGAGGUGCGGUCACCCCAAUAAUCGAUCAAAUCACGUCGAGUAUAUGCACCUACUGCUCCGAUGGUAGUUGAGUCCUUGAGGAAACGGCAGGUAUUAUGAUUACAGUGUGUGGAAUUCCAUCAAUUUCACCGAAGAAACUGUAUGUUCUCAAGAAUGGAUGAAAACACCUGUCAUCGAGGGGAGGAUGUCCCCGCGGAGGCCUUGGAAGCCUCGGUAGUGUCACCAGGUUUGUCGGGACCUGAUCCUGACGCAGCAUCUCCGGUGGCUGUUCCUGAGUCAUCAGCCUUCGAGACUGCUCUAGAAUUGCUAAACCGUUCCCAAAGUUCCCCAGGCCCCUCUGAGACGAUAGCUCCAGCCCCUCAGCCCUCGAAUGCAUUGGAACAUGAAAUUCCUAGAGAUCAAGAGCCCCUCGUUCCUAGGGGCUUGAUCGGGGGUCCUCCUCGUAGAUCCUCCCUUUCCGAAGACAGCAGGCUAGUCAAAAUCUCACUGCCAACCAACUCCAUUAACCUCAUGCAAUCGAACGCUCAGUUUCUCAACAAAAGUCGAAACUUUUUGAACUUCAUAACUGAAAAAUCGACGAAUAUCAUGGAGAAGGCGUUGCUACCCCAGCACAUUGCAGCUCGAUACAGUGCCACCGAUAAAAAACGACUGCAGGACCUGGACGCAGUUAAAUUUGGCUCAAUGCAGAACAUCACAGGGAAAAUAUCUGAAAGUCCCACCAUGAAUGGAAUGGAUAACUCAACUGAACCACCUGCGGAUCCGAAAAAAAAUGGUGUCUCCUGUCAACAUCUGCCUGUCGAUUCUGCGUUGAGUAAUGGCGAAAUUAAGCCUGAAUACGAUCAGGGGAAUGGGGAUACCAUAUUGAUUCCCCAGAAUUCGGAACUGAUGAGGGAGGAUAACUGGAUUUUAAUCGAGAGGAUAAAACAGUUGGAGGAACGAAAUAGAAAAUUGGAGGAGGAAAAUAAUCCACUCGAAGUCGAAAAUCGAGAAAGAACAGUGGAACGUUUAACAACAGAGCUGCGGAUGGCGAUGAUUGUUCAGGAUGAAUUGAAGAGGGAUUAUGCUGUUGCUAAUAGAGAGAGGGAAAGCAUGGUGAUGAAAUUUGCAGUCGGAGAAAAACAGCUGAUUGAUACCCAAAGGUCAAGGGAUGCAGCUGAGAGGAAGGUUAAGGACAUGACCCGAGACAAUGAUUCGCUCCAGAGUAAAUUGAAACAGGCAUUGGGGGAACGCACAAGAAUCUGCGGAAUAUUGGACGUAAAAUGCAAAGAACUUGUCGAGUCUCAGAAGGAAGUCGAAAGAUUGCGGGAGGACGUCAGUGUCAAGGACGUAAAGCUCAAGUGGUCGCAGACAAAACUCAAAACAGAAAUGGAAAUGCAGAAGGAGACACAGCAGAAGUUGGACAAAGCGAUGGCACGAAUAAACGAGAUGAAGGACGAGUGUGAACAAGUGCGUCGCGACUCCCAGGAGACGAUACGCCAGUUCCAACGCUCGGAAGAGAACAAAGCAGUGACUCUGGACCAGCAGUUGAAGGAGCAACAGGCACGUCUCAUUCUCGAGCGGCACGUGACGGAAGACAAAGAGAUGUUACGAUCGCAGCUGGAGAAGGAGGUGGAGUCGUUGAAAAAUCGUCAACAAGUGCUCAUCGAGGAGAACAAUUCCUUGAGUCUGAAAAUUCAAGACUUGGAGAAGGAGAGAUUGACGUAUGAGAGCAAUCUCAGUAACCUCAAGAUCAUUGCUGACCAGAGGCAGAAGGAAGUCGUAGACCUGACAGCCAGAAUUUCCCAUUUGGAGACAGUAAAACUCCAGCUUAUUCACAAAGAGCAAUGUCUGGCCUCGAAGGAGGCAGAAGUCGAUCGUCUGCGUCUCGUCAAUCAAGAACUGCAAACAGACAUGGACUGUUGCAGGCAGAGGGAGGCUCACAUGCUGGAGUUCACGGAAAAAUUGACCGAUAAAAAUGUCCGGCUUCAAUCUGAGUUCACAGCAGUGGAGGCUAAGGCAGAUCAGCUCGAGAAGGAGCAGGGACCCCUUCGGGAGAGCAUAGCAGGACUGAAGUCCAAGGUCAAGUCGUUGGAGGAGCGGCUCGUCCUCGAAACCAGCAAGAGAGUUGAAGAGUGCGAGCUGCUGGCCAAACAUCUUGCUGAGCAGACGCAACUGGCGCAGAAUUUGUCGACAAAAUUGGAGGAUAGCCAGGGAGAAAAUUUAGUACUUAAGAGGAAGCAUCAGGGCUCCAUCAAGGAAAUGACUCGAGAACUGCAGCAGUGCCGGAAGAAGCUGGAGUCCUACGAGACAUCCUCACCUGCGAAGUCCUUUGAUCAAACGCCUAGGACCUCUUCCAAUACUUCGUUGAAUGCACCUGAUCAUUCUAAUGGGCUCUCAUCGUCGGAUAACAGCACCAAUGGAGAAUUGCCUUCGCCUUAUAAUGAUUUGGAUAAGAAUUCCCUGAUUGAUCGAUUGCUGAAGAUGCAGAGGAUCAACGUGAGACGAGCAGAGAAACUCGACUUCCUCGAGGAGCACUCGAGGGCUCUCGUCACUGAACUUCAGAAGAAAACUAAAAUUAUACAGAACUAUAUUUUACAUGAAAAUUUUGAUGCCAUGGGGAGCAAUGAACGUGAUAGAUAUAAGAAUUUGAAGAGUAAGAGGAAUUCCGCCGAACUAGCCAGACACGGUGGGAUAAUGGCGUCUGUUUAUAACCACCGGGUGUCCGAUGACAACAUGACGUUGGAAUUGUCGUUGGAGAUAAAUCAGAAGCUGCAGGCAGUACUGGAGGACGCGCUAUUGAAAAACAUAACGUUGAAGGACAACAUCGACACUCUGGGUGAGGAAAUAGCUCGAUUAUCGAUGAAAAAUCAGCAGUUACAGAAAUCCACAAAGUGAUAAAGUAUUAAAAUAAAGUAACUUCCAAACGAGAAAAAAAUCGGGUCUUCACCAGAAGCUACUUAAGAGCGCAGACAGGACGAGAAAAAAGUGUUGCCAGAGCUAUUUUAUUUGAUACCUAAUUUAUUUUUAUUUUUCUUUUAUUUUUACCCUUUACUUUCUGAAAAUGUAUUUUUAUAUCAUGUAUGUAACGAAAUAGGGACCCAGUGAUUUCAUAUGUACUUACCUUGUGUAUAGUUUGGUGCUCUCAAUGGUUUAUCGUCUGCCCUAGCUCAAUAAUUUCUCAGAAUCUACUUAUUUACGUAAUUAAAAAUUACUGUGCAUUCGUUGGCCUCAUUGACAAACCCACGACCACUGAUGUAAUCAGUAGUAGGAAAUAUGUAUAUUUUAGGUUGCAUUGAAUUAUAAAUAUAUCUUCAUGGGGAUAAUACGAAGAAAGAGCAAUAUAUUGUCUGUUAAACAAUUCA